UUGGCCGCUGGAUUAACGAGCAUUUGGCCUUUGUGAGGACGGACGGCAAUUCUUAGUUAUCACUGAAGUGUAGAAACUAGAUCACUGUGCGGCUCGUCGCUGUAACGACAUGGAGGUGUAUUACUAUCCAAUGAUCUACGGAUUCAUUUUGCCUCAACUGGUUCUUUGGUUGGUGGCUCUCCUGUGCUACAUCUACCGUGAGCAUGGACCAGUUUAUACACACAACAUGGGGAGGCAGGUGACCACUCCAUCCUGGAAGAAAGUCGUAGAUAAUCAUUACGCUCGUACCAAGAUACCAACUCCUAUUAGUACACCAUUUGCCACCGGAAUACGUGGAAAACUAAGGAAAGCUACCUCGUUCUCUCUUAACAUAGGUUUCUCUCCACCCUUGUGUAGAGUAGGAAAAUCAAGGAGCCAGGAGAACUUGUGCUCGGCUAUCGAUGCUAACCUCGACCUGUAUAUUCCCAGGGGUUCUCCAGACAGUGCCUCGUGCGUUAACAUUUCGAUAUCAAAAGAUGACCUGGAUCUAGAACUCGACCAGAAGAAAUGCAAAUGUUUGGGCAUGACGCUGACUUGUACUGUGUCUCCAGGAACCCCGACACUGGAAGCACCCUCGACCCUGUCGGACUCUAAAGCCCAAGAGCACCGACGGAGCGCCGUCAGGAAGGUGUUAUUGGCAGAGUUCGAAAGCCUUGACUCUUUGGUGCAGGUGUUUUGAGGUGCGGCCCUACCAGCCUUGCCUGCUCUCAAGGGAUCAGUGUCAACCAAAGUUACCAGACCAGUCGCCCCUUCCGCACCCUCCACACACAGAUUGAGAACACCAAUAUGGACGACAGUUUAUCGAAGGCGGACAUGUUGGUGAGUACUCUUGUGUGGCUGUACGACCGGUUUUGUGGUGCUCCACAGGCGUCUCACGUCUCUUCAAAGCUGACGGUUAAACUGAGUCUGUGUAUCUCUGGCUCUAACAUCGGCAGGACACCUGGUACGCAAUCAUGAGCAAACAGAGGAAGUGUUUUUUUUACUUUACAGCAAUAAUUAUAUUCACAGCACGUACACAGUUGAAGCUGUUUAUAAAUGUGAAAACAAGAGGGUAGAUUGUACAGUUCACAUAAAGUUUCAGAUGUAACGCGAAAAGAGAUUUUGAAGUAUGAUACUGAAUUUAAUCACCCUGGUUGAUACCUGGUUGCUGGGGACCCUCGGUGACUAAAUUCUCUCUAUAUGGCAACUCUUAAACUGGUGCUUCAUUCUGGAGUUCAAGCGAGAGCUAAAAUUUGCUUAAACAAAAAUUCCCUAGUGCUUGUAUUAUAAUUAAGCAAAAUUUGAGUGAUCGACUUCUAAUGACGCCGAAAGAUCAUAACUGGGACAUUGGAAAACGAAUGAUUAGAGCAGCCCCAUUCCUGGUGCUGCUGAGGUAAACAACAAUCCUGGAUCAAGAGCAGCGUCUGUAACGAGCCAACCUCACUUUGUUGCUCAGGUGUCAGAUUCUUCUUCAUUGUUUUGAAGUUUUUACAUUUAUAAACUAGUCACAUUGUUGUACUUUUAACUAUAUUUUUAAAUAAAAUUGAUUACUA